AGUAAUCUUUGAACUGUAAUGUGUUGCAACAAUGGUUCUCGUAGCAGAAUAUUUAAUUGCUCUUGCUUUAAUUAUAUUUCCUCUUUAUUACUAUUUUACUAAAUUUUCUGCAUUGGAGAAAUUCUACCACCAGUUUCCAAGCCCUCCAAAAACGCCCUUUUUCGGAAACGCUUUGGAAUUAAAAACAACAAGAGAUCUUUUUCAGAGCUUUCAUAAAUAUGCAAAAACAUACGGAACGAUGGUUCACCUAAAAAUUGGCCCUUUUCAACACAUGUUACUCUGUUCCAACCCAAAAUUUCUUGAAUUCUUACUGACAAGUAACACUUUAUUAAAAAAAUCACCGAAUUUGAGGCAUUUGCAACCGUGGAUUGGCACUGGAGUGGCAACUGCCUACGGGCCAAAAUGGAAGUUGCAUCGAAAACUCGUAACACCAGCUUUCCAUUACAGUAUUUUGGGCGAGUUUGUGAAAACUUUUGAAUCAAGUGGAAACAUUCUAAUCGGGAAAUUAUCGAAAAUAAUGGUGAAAAAAGAUGAUUUUGAUCUUUAUCCACAUAUUACCAGAUGCACUUUUGAUAUAAUUUGUGAGACUGCCAUGGGGACCAAAGCCAAUGUUCAAAUCACCGAAACCUCGGAUUAUUUUGAAAGUAUCAAAGAAAUGUGCCGGAUUUUCAUGUCCCGCACCAUGGCGGUUUUUCACCGUUACGAUUUUAUUUUUCGAUUUUCGAGAGACUUUUAUCUACAAAAGAAAGCUCUCGAGACUAUUCACAACUACUCGAGGCAAGUCAUUGCGUCAAAACGCGAAAAUGGGACAGAAAACGACGACUUGGGUCGAAAGAAAAAAAUCGUUUUUUUGGACUUGAUUUUGAAUAAGGUUGUUGAUGGUCACACCUUCACCCCGGAAGCGAUCAGAGGAGAAGUAGACACUUUUAUGUUUGCUGGCCACGACACCACAGCUACUGCAAUAAGUUUUAUUCUUUUUUGCAUCGCCAAUCACAACGAAGUUCAAGAUCAAAUUAUUGAGGAACAGAAACGUCUUUUUGGCCAAGAACAAAACCCAAAUGUUACUUUUACCAAUUUACAAGAAAUGGAAUUUUUAGAGUGUGUUAUUAAAGAAGGGUUGCGUUUGUACACUCCUGUGCCACUUUAUGGAAGGCAAAUUGAUCAAAAUGUGGAAUUUGAUGGCUUGUUCAUUCCGAAAGGAGUAAAUGUCGUUAUUUUCACACACGGGAUUCACAUGAAUCCCGAUUUUUAUCCCAAUCCUGAAAAAUUUGAUCCGAGUAGAUUUGAAAAAGGGGGAGAUAAACACCCUUUUCAAUUUAUGCCGUUUAGUGCUGGUCCAAGAAUUUGCGUUGGAAAAAAGUUUGCCAUGUUGGAGAUAAAAAGCAUAGUUUCGAAAAUUGUGCGAAAUUUUGAGCUUUUUCCUGCUUCUUCCAAUUGUGAACUAGAUCUAGCAGCGGAGACUGUUCUAAAAUCAAUAAAUGGUAUUCGAGUUGGGAUAAAAAUGAGAGAAAUCUACUAAAUGAAAUAUUUUAUUGUUUCUUUGCUUUAAAUUACAGAAUAAAUUACAUGCUGCCUAAGAACAAAAAAUUGCACAGUUGGGUCAGAAAUUUGA